AUGGCCGUUCAAAGACGAAGCAAGCGGGCAAAGACCCAUCACGACCCCGACCCCGAGUCCAAGCUCAAGCCCAGCACGACCAAGUCCAGCACCAGGUCCAGCACCAAGUCGACCAAGUCCAAGCCUGAGAAGCAAGACUCCGCAGAGACUAUAAAACUCAACCCAAACGUCUAUCCUCAUCCUGACCCUCAGCUCGUCCACUUUCCCAGCCGCCGCUCUGUGAUACACAGCACCAAGGGCAUUGUAUCGAGCACCCAGCCACUCGCGUCGGCCGCUGGUAUCGAGAUAUUGAGAAAAGGCGGCAAUGCAGCGGACGCAGCGGUUGCUGUCGCAGCGGCCAUCAAUGUCACGGAGCCGGGGUCGACUGGAAUUGGCGGUGACAUGUUCUGCCUGUUCUACGACGCAAAAACCAAGAAGGUUUCUGCGCUGAACGGGUCAGGCCGCUCGGGUGCAAACGUCACGCUGGACAAAGUCAGAAAAGACCUCAAGCUUGCAGAUGGCCAGACCGGUCAGAUUCCCAUGACUCAUGUGCAUGCAGCGACCGUGCCGGGUGCUGCAGCGGGAUGGGUUGACUGUGUCGAACGCUUUGGCAGCGGAAAGGUCAGCAUGGAUGAGAUUCUCGGACCCGCAAUCGAGCUUGCGGAGCAGGGCUUCCCCGUGUCGGAGCUGUCUGCCACCUUUUGGGCAGAGAGCGAGUCUGAGCUCCGUCGUGCCUCUCCGAAUGGCCAUGAGAUGCUCAAGAAAGACGCUGCGGCCCAAGACGGCCACAGGGCGCCAAAAGCGGGUGAGAUUAUGAAGAACCCGACCAUAGGCAACACGUUCCGAUUGCUCGCCAAACACGGGAAGAAAGGCUUCUACGAAGGCGAGGUCGCCGAGCAGCUCGUCAAGGUUGUGUCAGACCUCGGCGGGUACCUCACUCUGGACGACCUCAAGCAUCACGCAGACACGGGUUCCGAGCGCGUCGAGCCCAUCUCGCUCCAGUUCACGGGCCAAGGCGUAGGGGAGCGUCCUGAGGGCGGCGUGGAGCUCUGGGAACACCCACCCAACGGCCAAGGCAUUGUCGCGCUGAUGGCGCUCGGCAUCAUCCAAGAGCUGGAGAAGCAGGGCAAAAUCCCCAAAUGGCGUCUGCAAGACCACAACAGCACUGGCUACCUGCAUGCCCUGGUUGAAGCGCUGCGAAUCGCCUUUUGCGACGCCCACUGGUUCGUGACGGAUCCUAGCGUGGUCAAGGUGCCGUCCGCGGAGCUCAUCUCCGCCGCGUAUCUGGCGGAGCGGGCAAAGUUGUUCGAUGCCAACAAAGUUAUUUCGGCGCCUGUCCACGGGUCGCCAGCACAUCUCCAAAGCGACACGGUCUACUUUUGCUGCUCAGAUCAGGAAGGCAAUGCAAUCUCCUUCAUCAACAGCAACUACGGCGGGUUCGGCACCGCCAUUGUGCCCAAGGGCUGUGGCUUUACGCUGCAAAACCGCGGCGCAAACUUUAGUCUGGACCAGAAGCAUCCGAAUGUUCUGGCGCCGAGAAAGCGGCCGUACCACACGAUCAUCCCUGGGCUAACCACGCACAUCAAAGACGGAAGUUUGCACUCUGUGUACGGCGUCAUGGGCGGUUUUAUGCAGCCCCAGGGCCAUGUGCAGGUGCUGCUCAACCAGGAGGUGUUUAAACUUAACCCCCAGGCGGCGCUUGACGCGCCUCGCAUCUGCAUCGGGGCUGGUAUGCCAGACGCCAAUGGGCAGAUGACAGACGCGACUGUUUAUCUCGAAGAAGGUAUUGAUGCAGACGUGGCCGAAGAGCUGCGGGCUCUGGGGCAUAAUGUGCAGCUGACUAGUGGUUGGGCGCGCGGCAAGUUUGGUCGGGGGCAGAUUAUCAGGCACCAUGUGGAUGAUGGCGUGCAGGUUUGGAGUGGAGGGAGUGAUAUGCGGGGUGAUGGUGCGGCAGUUCCGUUGUAG